GCAAUCCUGGUUGAUUGUAAACACAGGGAGACCCACCUUAGUCUUCUCAUUUAUUAUUUAGUGUUUCUCUCCUUCAUUUUUUAAACGUUUCACUUCAAAUCCCCGGUGAAAACUCGAGAAGAGUGAAUGAAUUGAUACGGAUUGAGUGGACGGGCCGAGUAUCACAUCCAUUGCUGGAAUUCGGGAGGAAAAAAAGACAUAAUUUGUGUAGCCUUAGGUUUAGCUGCACAAUGGCAUGUGGAGGAUGGGAAGGAGGUGUUGAUCCAGGCCAGCUCGAGGCACGUCUGAGAGCGGGAAUUGAAGCGGACAGACGCUACGCAGCGGAAAAUUCUGCCAAAAUCCGUGCCAUCCACUCAGCUCCUACCUACGAUGAGUUUAGACAGCUUGUGUUGGGGACCCACUUGAAGCCACUUGAUCGAAAUGACAAGAAUAAGGUUCGUCCGUCCAUUUGGAACUCCAUAGCAUCAUCGGCAACAAAGAAGUGUAGCAAACUAACACCCCAUGAUACUGAAAAUUCUGUAUAUCCUACUGAUGUUCAGUAUGAUGUAAACAAUCCACCCAGUACAACCGAGGGCCUUGUCCAGCUGUGGGAGAGACUGGACCUUGCAGAGAGACUGGAACUGCUAAGGAACCUCACAGCACAGUCUACAGAGAGGUUGGCUGGGGGCUUGGUGGCUGGGGGUCUUUUGGGAGACGCAAUCACCACCCUGCUUGCAUUCACACCAACCGUCAGUGAUGUCGUUAUGGUGGUCAAUAUGCUACAAGCUCUAACACUGGCUAAAAGGUUCACCCUGAGUGUAACCUUAGUGUGUGGAGAGGAACGAUGGGCAUGGGGACGCCUGCUGGAGAAGCUGCAGCUGGCCAUCUCAGAAAGGCCACAGGAUCUGGCUGAAUUAAAUGUCACUGAGUGGACUCUGGCCCAGCUGAAGCUCAAGUUUAAUCUUUAGAGUAUUCACUCUGAAAUAGUACAGAUGUUCAUGUCUUAUUUGCAAUAUUUAUGUUAUGUACUUAAGAAGAUGUUGCUGGAGUAGUUGGUAAGUGGUUACUUUUUUAUGGAUUUUCAUCCCAAUGAAAUGAAGAGCUUUUCUGAUUACCGUCAGUUCAUUUUGCUAGCAGUGAAAGGAUGAUCAUAUGUGGAAUGGUACAGUAUCUAUUUAUAACAGUUCAAUUGUGUAUGUAGUGUUUUGAAGGAUAAUGAUAUCUAGUACAGUCAAAGCUCAAAAAUCUAGAUGUCAAAGUUGAUUCCAUAUAUCAAUAACUUGUAACAUGUAGGGUCAGUUUGUAAGUUUGCUUUCCCUUAAUUCUUUGCAUAUAUAGUACAUGCUUUUCUUGGUACACAUUUUGUCAGUUUGUUGAUCUGCUUUGUACCAAAAGACUCAGACUCUGUAGAUUACACAAAUGUGAGAUCUUGAAAUUUAAAAGUACCUUCCAAGAGAAAAUAAAAAGCGUAUGCUUUAAGGAUUUUGUAAAAAAUGAAAAAAGGAAGGGGGAGGAUAUGCAAGAAUGUUGCAAACACCAAGCAAAGAAUUGGUACGUGAAUCCGUGCUGAAUGAUGUGUUAUUAGAAGUCCAUUGAUUUACAAAAGGAAGGAAGGGGGAUAUAUAUAAACACUCAGAAUCUACUAGCAUUUGCAGUAACACCCUUAUUGUUAUUGCUUUCUGAUUUUCAGAUUUUUGAACUUUGACUGUAAGAUCUUGGUUUUCUUAUUUUUAUAAGCUUUAUGUUUGAGAAAUAACAUCAUUGGAAGAUUGUCUGAACAGUGACUUUUUCUACAAGAUUGAAUGUGUGAAUGUUAUUUAUAAGGGAAAUAAUUCAUUGCAUUUUCAUGUUCUCAUACAAGUUGAGGCUAUAUUCAUAUGUGUUUUGUCCUGUUAUAUAUUUUGUUGCAUUUCUUGUUACAAAACUUUACCAAUAUUCAGACCUUGGAUUUUCAUGCAGGGAAACUGACCUACAUGCAUAAGUAGUUGUGAAAAUGAGUAGUGGAAAAGAAUAACAGAGGCUUCCUGUGAACUGACUUAAUAGGGCAGUGGUUCUUUGGAUUAUAAACUUAUCACAAGAAGUUCUACUAAUCAGAUUAUUAUAUAACUGGAGAUACACACUGAAAAUUCAUGCAAUUUUGGUCUAUUCUGUAGCAGGUAUAAUUUAAACAUGAACACAAGUGAAAUCUGAAAAGAAUAAAAGAUCGUUUGAAAUCAGGCAUACCUAUAAUAAUAACCAUCAUGUGAUAUCAGAGAUACCUAUCAUUAAUAGAAGUCAUGUAAAACUGAGAUAUAACUACCAUUAGGUGCAUGCCAUCAGGUAGAGAAAACAUAAACUUGUCUAUUUGGUGAAUUUUCUCACCUGAACAUGGUAGUGUUUCUUUUAACCAGCAAUAAUAGAAAGAGAUUGGAUUCAGCUCUGAUUAACACUCUGCUGGAGAAUGUUUUCACAGUUUUGGGAUAGAAGCCAGUUUUCACAUCGGUAGAGAAGGAUGUUCAUAUCAGAAUUUACCUGACUUUAGGACCCAAAGGCUUAGGGCACAUAGGAAUAAAGGAUAAAAAAAAUCAUAUGAAUGUUUAUAAGGGCUGUCCUAUCAACGCUGACAAUUAAACACAAACAUUAUUUCUACCACCAUUAUAAGUGCAGUAUAGCUAUUGUAAAAUUGUGAAACAGCAAACUAAGGGAUAAGCUCUAAUGUUAUGUAUGAGAUAUACAAGAUAUUACAUGAUUAACUACAGGGGGUAAACCAUUUGCCUUCACACAAACCCUUUACCAAUAUGUGAAUCAUAUGCCUGUAAAUCUGUGUAAAAAAUUUCUCCAAGUUAGUAAUCUUGAGAAAAUGGAGAAAAUGUUGCUGCCAUUGCUACUACUUGUGUCAGUUUCUCAUUCACAUGCUUGGAAAGUCAUGGUUAAGAUGUAGAUUUCUUUAUAAACAGCCAUUAUAUUCAUGUCCUUUUGAUGGUUGGUCAUUGUUUAUAUUUCAUACUGUGUAUGAGAUUUGGUCCAAUCGUCCAUCUUUUACAUAUCUUUCACCUUGAAGUAUUUUUGAGUAUGGUGUUCAUCUUCAUCACACUGGAUUUCCAUUGUCUCUCCUUUCUCAUUCUCACUCUGCUUGUUAUGUAUAUUAGCUGCCAUUUAUAAUAACAGAUCCUUUGGUAAUUUUUCUAUUUUUGUGUUCAAUACUGUGAUCAUUUCCAUGUUUAGUGGGAUAUUUUGAUAUCAAUGAAAAAAAAAAUGUCUGAAACAAAUUCAUUAAUUAACAAUAGCCAGGACCUGUUAUAAACUUUUCAUACCCUUGCUACACCUCAUGUGAUGAAAUCAUAUAUUUUGGCAGUAUUACACAUAGUUAUUUUUCUUAAAGCAGUGUAAAUGUGACUUGUGGGUAGACAGUACCAAAGAGCAUUACAUUAUGAGGGUGACAGGCUGUAGGGAUUUUGAUGGUAUUGCAAAUCUGAUGAUGAAUAAGUAAUAUUAAGUAGAAUUUCACUAAAGAGUUCUGGCUUCCAUAGCAUUUAAUUUUAAUGCAUAUUAGCAUAGGUUGAUAAUAGCUAAAUGUUGUGAAUGAUACAGCCCAUAUAAUACCAUCUAGUACUCAGAAUGGGCUAUGUAUAUUUGUUUCCCCAUUGCACAAGUUAAAGACCAUGGUCUUCUCACCAAGAGGUUUUGCUUUAUAGAUGAAAGAUGAAACUGCCUUGCACUUCUUCCAUUGUUAUCACACAUGACCCUAAAGCAAGACAAAAUGGUCCAGCAUUCAAAUGAUUUGUUGAUUAUUUGAGUGGAGGAAACCAAAACUUGUUCAAAGAUUCAGAUUUUAUGUGGGAAAUGAUGAUAAAAUGACAGCACUUUAGUUAUGAAUACCUUCUUAAAGUUUAGUAACAUCUUAACGAGAGGUUUCAUAUGUAAUGCCUGCUUCUUGCAAUUUCAAAAAACUGUUCUUACGUUUUUCAUAAUCAUUUCUGGCUUUGCUUAAUAGCAAAAUAACCACAAAUUUCAGUGGCUUAUUUUUUAUUGUGAGGAUAAUUGUAUAUUCUUUGAUUUUUUUUCCAUAUAAUAGCAGAAUAACUACAGAGUGCAGUGGCUCUUUUUUUUUUAUAUGGAUAGUUAUAAUUUAUUUGGUUUCUUUUUCAUAUUGAUGUCACCCCAACUUUUUAACCAAUAUGUAAAUUAUUGAAGAUUUGUAAUGCCAGUUACUUUGUUCAACAGUAAAUUUCUAAUAUCACUUCUGUGCCAGUUACAUGUAGACCCAGUCUGAAAUUGUCUUUUUAAUAUUUUUUUUAGUCUAAUUCUGUUCUCUAGGAUGUCAGAAAAUUACAUUUUUGAAUCUAAUGCAUGUAGCUUUUUUCAUAACUGAUCACUUCAAAAAAAGACACAUUUCUUAUUUUUGGUGUCAUUUCGGUAUUAUCAGCACAGUGCUUUUGUAAUGUUUCUCACCACAUUGACGAUAUAAAGUGGGCAUUUACUGCACUUGAGUACAAUGAAGGAAUGAAUGGAUCUGUAAUAAAUGUAAUACUAUUUUUCAGUAUUAAUUCCAUUUAGAUGGAGCAAUGCAAGGAAAAAACGCGUUUCUAAAAUUAUGGUACACUUUUUGAUUUGUACGUAUGAAAUUAUAUAUUUCACUUUUCAUUCUUUUUUUUUCUGUUUUACAUUUGUUAUGUAGUACAAUGUAGUAUUAAUUCUGUAAUCUAUAGAAUUAGUUUGAAUAUUACAAGAGAAAGUGAACAGCAUUGUACACGGCAGUCAAAGCAGGGAUGUAGAGUGUACUUGUUGAUAUGUGAAACUACCUCUUUUACUUUCAGAGUUUGUUUAAUGUUAAGUGAAUUAGCCAUAAAACACCUUGCAAAUAGUGAGACUGUAAAACUUAUGAUGGUGUGAGAAUUGAGGACUGUUCAAGAGAUUAGUGAAUCUUGCACUGUAUUUUUUCUUCAUUUGAGGACUUUCUAUUUACUAAUGCUUAAAUAUAUAUUGUAUUCUUUUGUUUUGUUUUAACCAAAGAGUGUGUUUGUGUUGCAUUGAAGAGUUUUUGUGCAGUAAGAAUAUCACAUGUAAAGCAUUAACUGUGUUUUGAGUAACUUAUGUAGUGCAUGGAUUUUGAGUAGUUCUGUUAGAAAUAAAUGGAUAGCAUAUGUUAAUGAGUUUUUACUAAUUUAUUUUGAUAUCAAGGAGUCGAUUUUAUAUACAAAAUAUCUGAAAUUUCAUAUGGGAAGAAAUGUAAGAUCUGAUUACACUAAACAAUUUUUUGGGUAGAGAUUUUGUCAUGUUUAAUUACUUAUAGCAGCAACCUAAUUAUGCAAGGAGUUAAAUAAGUAAAUAAAAUGCAUUAAUGAAACCACAUCCCUGUGUAACCAGCAUGGUAGAUCUUUGAAACCUUAUUACAUGUUACCUGAAUGAUUAAUUUGUCUGAAAGUCCACACAAAUAAAAUAUAUCUUCAUAA